AUGUCAGCACGCAACCAAAUGAGAGCCAUGGUGGACCAGCUCAUGGGCACAGGCAGAAACGGGGAAACAAGUAGAUACCAAGUGCAGUUCAAUGAUCAAAAAGUUUGUAAAAGUUUCUUAUUGUAUUGCUGCCCUCAUGACACAUUGUCAUCUACCCGCAUGGACAUUGGUGAAUGUCCAAAAUUACACGAUAAUGCAUUAAGAGCAGAUUUUAAAAAAGCUCAGCAGAAGUUUGAUCACUAUUAUGAUGUAGAUGCUACUGAACAUUUAAAAGCAUUUAUUAGUAAUUGUGACCGGAGGGCUGAAGGAGCUCGAAAACGACUAUUAGAAACUCAGGAAGAACUUACUGCUGAAGUAGCUGAAAAAGCCAAUGCUGUUCAUGAGUUAGCUGAGAAGAUAGGUAAAAAAUUGGCCAAAGCUGAAGAAUUGGGUGCCCAAGGUUUAGUGGAUGAUAGUCUCAAGUUGAUGGGUGAAAUUGAAGAUCUGCAAAAAAAAAAAAAAGAAGCACAAGAUAUUUAUAAAAAUGCUAUGCCUAAAAGCAGUUAUCUACGGAAACAAUUAAGGGUGUGUGAUGUAUGUUCAGCUUAUUUAGGUGUUCAUGAUAGCGAUCAAAGAUUAAUUGACCAUUUUGGAGGAAAAUUACAUUUAGGAUUUGUUGAAAUAAGAGAAAAACUAUCAGAACUUGAAAAAAAUUAUGAAGAAAGACAUGAAGCUCGGCGUAAAUUUUAUGAACAAGAGCGUUAUAAGCGAGAUGAUAAGAGAAGUCAUCGGUCUAAAAGUGGAGAUCAAAAUGAACAUCACAGACGGUCUAGGUCACGUAGCCGCCACAGUAGACAUUGUUCACGUAGUCAUAGUCGCAGUCAAACCCACAAACAUGACAGAAGAGAUAGAGAUAGACGUCGUUACUAA